UCAUCAUCAUCUGCAGAAGAGACAGUCGUGAGCGGUGUGUGUGUUUGUGUGAGUGUGUGUUUGUGUGCGUGCGUGAGAGUGUGUGUGUCAGCGAAAGAUUUCUGAAGAUGCUGGAGAACAGGAGGCUCAUCUGACGGGAUGGCGGGAAUAAUUAAGAAGCAGAUCCUGAAGCAUCUGUCCCGGUUCACAAAGAACCUCUCUCCAGAUAAGAUUAACCUGAGCACGCUGAAGGGAGAAGGUCAGCUCUCCAACCUGGAGCUAGAUGAGGAGGUACUGCAGAACAUGCUGGAGCUGCCCACCUGGCUGGCUGUCACACGCGUCUACUGCAAUAAAGCUGCUAUACGGAUACAAUGGACAAAGUUGAAGACCAGUCCCAUAUGCUUGUUCCUGGAUAAAGUGGAGGUUGAAAUGAGGACGUGUGAGGAGCCCAGAGCCCCAAACGGACCCUCUCCAAUUGCAAUUACUGCAGGUCAAAGUGAGUAUGGGUUCGCAGAGAAGGUAGUGGAGGGGAUGUCUGUGAUCAUCAACUCCAUCACCAUUAAAGUGCAGUCGCGAGCGUUUCACGCCUCCUUCCAGCUCUGGCAGCUUCAGGGCUGCAGCCUCAACCCCAAAUGGCAGAAGAGCGACCUGCGGUACACACGCGUCACACACCCCAAACGAGGAGAGGUGCUGACGUUCAAGGAGAUUAACUGGCAGAGUCUGCGUAUCGAGGCGGACGCCAUAGAGAGCGAGGAUCAGGAUCUGGGCAGCACACCACUACGACUCAUUACUAACCAAGGCAGAAUACGCAUCGCUCUCAAACGCAGGGUGAAGGACUGUAACGUGUUGGCCUCUAAGCUGCUGUUUAUUCUGGAUGAUCUGCUGUGGGUGCUGACAGACUCCCAGCUCAAGGCAAUCAUCCGCUACGCCAAAUCUCUGAGCGAGGCCAUGGAGAAAUCUGGACAGCAGAGGAAGAGCAUGGCUGCGGACACACUGCAGACUGCUCCUCCCUCUCCCAGCACACACUCUCUGUGGACGGAUGCUCCUGCUCCUCCUGAGGCGUCCGGCUCCUGCACUCUGGCUCAGUAUUUCGAUCUGCAUGAUGUGAAGGAAUCCUCCUACCACACCUUCAUCUCCCGCCUCGACCUGCACAUCUGCAACGACAGCUCUUCAGAGGCCGAUGAAGCUCCUCUUCCAGGCACACAGGGUGCAAUGCAGCUGACCUUCAGGAAACUGGGCUUUGACUAUUACCCGUUUCACAGGCCAGGUGAUGGCUGUCAGCACUGGGAACGUCACUGUGGGGCGAUGGACUCUCGGGCUCAGUGGGCAUCAAAACUUCUGCAGGACUUCCAGAGGAGGAUGGAGGAUCUGGGCAUCCCUGGACCUCAGUCAGAAGCAAAUGUGUCAGCUAAAGACUCUCCAGCCAGAAAAAUUAAGGACAGGGAAUCACAGUCCAGUUUCAGCCCCGAGCGGACUCAGGCAUCCGCCCUGAAGAAGCUGCGCUCCAGCUGUAUGGUGAUCCGUGUGGACGAUCUGGACAUCCAUCAGGUGUCCACUGGAGGCCGACACAGCAGGAAAACACAGUCUCUUCUGUCCUGCAACCGCAAAUCCCUCCAUCUCCCAGAAAACACUCCUGCAAUCCACCUUCAGUUCACCGAAUACUACUUUCCUGACAUCCCUGGACUUCCAGUGCCCUCCUCUAACCUGUAUGCGCAGCUCAAUGGUCUACAGCUGUGUGUGGACGCUCCGAGCGUCUUAUGGAUGACUCUGUUUUCACGAGGUUUACACAGGACUUUAGAUCAGGUCAAAGCUUUUUACCACCUGCAGGACAGCAGCAAGACUGACGAACACAUCGAUAUACGCCUGGAUGCAACACAGCUGAAGCUGAUCGUUCCCCUGGAGUCCUCUAUUUUGGAUCACCCUGACCGUCCUCAGUCACUGAGCAUCAGUUUUCCUCAGAUAAUCCUCAGCAACACGCGUCAGUCUCCGCACGGCGCCCAUUCGGACCUCAACAGCACCUACAGCAGCUUCUCCAGCCGUUCAUUCUUCAAUACCACACAAUGUAAACCUUUCCCGCGAGAUCAGAGCGUCCUACACCCCCUGCCAUCCGCAUUUCUUCAACACUCCCUAGAAAACGAGUCCUUGUUAGCGUACAAACGUCUGUCUCGCUCUCAGGAUGUCUGGUCCGUCAGUCUGUCCCGAGUGACUCUUGGUUUUGACGGCGCUCGUCGAGGACUCCGAGGGAAAACUCUUCCAUUUGUUGAGCCUUUUUCCAUGUCUUUAUGGAUGUGCCAUCCUGACGCCUUCACAAAAGACUCUCAUUGUAUAGAAGAUGAUUUAAAAUCCCCUUCUAGAUUUAGCCAGGAGUUUUCAUGUGCUCCAAAUGACCUUAUAUCUAAUAAAACCCAGCAGACAGAAUCUCUAAUCAAUUCCCCAACAGCAUCAGUUCAUAUUUUAGCCCAAUCCAUUACUCCUGUGAAAAUGUGGCUCAAUCAUUAUCAGUUUAUAGCUCUUUUAAGGAUGAAGGACUACCUUGGCAGGCUCGCCGAAGAUUUGACUAGGGAUUCCCAAGCUGAAUCCAAAAACAAGUCAUCAGAUCCGCCAUCGGUUUGUGUCUCAAUCCUGAUGGAGGCCAUUGAGCUUUCUUUGCUGCUUCCACCCGCAACGUGCGAGCCAGAACAACAAGCUGAUUCUCCAGGAGAAACGGACACUAACAGCCUGACCGAAUCUGAUUUCUCACCAUCCCACCGUGCUGAUCCUGGGAAUGAGGAUCCAGAAGAUGAGGAGCAGGAGGGAUCAGUAGAGGAGGCCUGUGAAGCCGUGGAGGAAGCCGUAGAUCAAACUCCACACGAUGAUGAUGAGGAUGGAAGUGUUGCUCCUACAACUCCUCCGGUUUCCCCUGGGAACUCUGCGUUAUUGUCCCGGCACAGCUCUACUUUCAGCAUUGAGGGGGAUUUUUCCAGUGCACUGAACGCCACUAAAGGGGUCACCAAAGACGCCCUCAGCGCCUCCCUGGAUUUAACCAAAGGAGCAUUGUCCAUCACUAAAGAUGCCUUCAGCAUGCUGAGCCGAGGGUCUGGCAUGAACAAACUCUUCACGCCUCAAAACAAGGAUCAGAGUUUGCGUUCAGAGGAGUCCAGUCCCUCCAUCAUGGGCAGUCUGCGGCUUCAGACCAUGAAACACUCGCCUUCCCAGAAUUCCUGCGACAGUGCCAUUUUAGAGGGCAGUUUGGCGGACGACGGUGUAUCUGUUGACAGUGACAUGAGUGAAAACUUCGUCAUCCUCAUGGAUUCUGAGUCUGGUGUGGAGUCUCUGCGUCCCAAUGGUACAGGUGUGGGUUCAGGCAGGUGUGUUAGUCCUGCUGCGGGAACGGAAGGAUCAUCAGCAGAACUCAGCAGCUCUCUGUCCCAGAGCACUGAAGACAUCGCACAAGAUAUGGCUUCUGUGCUGAGUGUGUGUCUGAGCCGGAUGUGUUGUCUGAUGGAGAUGCGUGGAGAAAAUGCGGUUCUGGCGCUGGAAUCACAGGAUAUUCUGCCCAAACAACAUGGAAACCAUAAGAUCUCAGACCUGCUGGCGGGACUGACACUGACACAAGCUGGUUUGUGGUCCCCCAGUGCUGCUGGCUCUCCAGGGCCCAGCUCUGCCUCUUGUUCCCCAGCAGUGCUGUCCCUCAGACUGGAGUCAGGCCCUGCGGCGGGCAGACACUGCGCUCAGUCUGAGAGUCUGGGCUUCAUGGAGGUGUGUGUGAGCGGGUGCAGAGCUCAGCUGCUGGCCUCCACAUUGAACACGCUGGGGCCCUUCCUGGAGGAUGAGUUCAGUGCAGACCCCCAGCCCAUCAGAGUCUGCCUGCGGGACACCACUGUCACUCUCAAGGAUGAUGGUCCUCGUGUGUACCCGACCGCUCCUCAGCCCGUCCCGGUGCUCUUCUCUCUGGAUAAUGUAGUGUUGGAGCGUCUGGAUGAUGGAGUGCUGCGCUUCAGACCAGCUCAGAGCCAAUCAGGAGCUGAGAAAGAAAAUGCAGACCAAUCCUGCCUUGGAGACCGAGAGAGGAACAAGUCUCUGGAGGCCAGACUCGCUGACGUUCAGUCGGCUCUGGAUAAAGCUGUGUGUGAGCGCGAGCGUCUGCUUCAGGAAGUCAGAAAACACAACCCGUCCUUCACUUUAUGAUGAGGAACAAAGGGAAAAACGCAGACGUCAGUCUCACUGCGGCACAGGAGGAAAAUAAUCUUGUAAAUAAGAACAAGACACAUAUGCGUUUGCUGACUAGAAGGUUAUAAUCCAUCCCUUCCCGCACCUUAAAGCAGUGUUUCCCGACCCUGUUCCCGAAGGCACAUUAACAGUAAACAUUUUCAACCUCCAAAACUCCACAAAGAAACACCAACUGACCCAGCCGAGGCGUGAAUCAGAGACCUUCUUGCUGUGAGGCCAC